CUACUCAGGACAAAUUCAGGAUGCUGAUAAAACCCAAAAUGUGAGGGAUUUAAAAAAACCAAACACCUUAAAAAGCUAUGUUCUCACUUGAGAUACCGACAGCUGGUCCAACGCCAGUCUUCUGGGAAACAAAAUACUUCAGCAACUUUAAAAUCAAAAAGCUGGAGUGGCCUAAAGGCCCAGGCUCUGCGCCGCCGCCUCAGCAGGGUUUUCCCGCCCUUUUGCUUCCUUCCCCCGCCUCAGAGCCCUCACGCCCGCUCCUCAGCACAAGGGGGCAAUUCCUGUCAGGCCACCAAGGAGUUUUCUGCACGUUUCUUUUCAGUUUGGGUUUGUGUGGCGCACAGGCCGACAUUUUUCACAGAAAUCCAUGCAAGUUUGUACAGAGCCAGGAAUAUAACCAGCGUUUGGCAUAACGGUAUGUAUCAAAAGUGUCCCUUUGGACUUGGAGACUCAACUCAGUGCACCUGAGACCAGAUGCAAUUUAAUACUGCACUUGCAGCACUGCUCAGGAGUGAUUUUUAUCUAUUGAAACACCCUCCUUUUCUUAAUAAUGUGCUGGAUUCCAGUUGAAAAGUAAUUUUGCAAUCUUUACCCACCACAGACUCGGGGUGCACACAGAAAGAAAAGACCAACUUGACACAAAGACCAAGUACUCAAAAACCUCCCUAACCGAACGGUCACUCCUUUCAGUAAGUAUUUGUGUCGCCACAGCAAAGCAGCUGAGGCAAGGAGAGGAAAAAAGGUUCUUGCCACCUAAAAGAACAAAGGGACACCCACAGACCCGCAGGUGUAUGUCCCAUUUCAGCUUGAACUGACGAUUUAUUGUAAAACAAUUUUCAGUGGCAAUGGGGUAUUUGCGCCAAAUAUUUUGGUGGGCCCUAUGGUUACAUGGUAACAUACAGUACAUUUGGGAAAGUACACAGGCUCUUAUUUAUUUUGUAUUUUGUCUACCAUAAAGCUUUUCUUUUAAACCGCAGGCUACCUCUGGUCUGAAGUUUGAGGUGAAUUUUCAAAAGCAAUUAGUACAUGUCAGAAGGUUGCUAGCAAGCAUGAUUAAUUUUUCAUGGCAAAUGGAUUCUUAUCCGAUAAUCAUCAGACUCUGGAAGGUCAAAUUUUGCAAAGUACAAUCCCCGUAUUUAUGAAGUAGUUCCAGCAGGAAAUACUUUUCAGUGACAGGCGGACAGGGAUGCAAAUGACAAAAUAAUUUUAUGGCAACACUUAACCGUUCCACACCUCAUUCUGAAAACGUAUAUAAGGUGGAGGGUUCGCCUUGUUCGUUCUACCUGCACCAGCAUCAGCUCUGCAGUCAAGAUGAAACUCACUAUUGUUGCUACCGUCCUUCUUGGACUCUUGCUGACUCCAUCCCUUGCUGAAUACUUGCAGCAAACGGGUGGAAAUGACCAGAUCAUUGGUGGUCAGAUAAUAGGUGGAGGUGACUUUGUGGGUGGAACCCAGCAAAUCAUAACCAAGCAAUUCACCGUUGUUGGAGGCUUCCAAAUCCUGACCAUCAACAAGGCCUGGCGCGUGGCAACCAUCGAGCAAAGGAGCAGCCAGGGAUCAUGGAAAACCAUUUGGAACUACAACCGGGGCUACAUCGCAAGCAGAGUGCAGUCAACAGGAACCUGCUACGUUUCCGUAAUGAACAGAAAUGUGAUACCUCGCUUUGAUUCCCUCAUCUUCCAGGCUGAGCAGAACAUGGGCCUGAAAGGUCAAGGACAACUUACAAAGGAGAUCACAUACGUCGUCCAGAGCCCCGUCCGUGACCUCACCUCUUACGGAACAGACAUCGUCGCUAUGUGCAGAGGACUCACCACCUACCUGACUUACGAAGUUUACGGAUCACAUAAUACAUACAAUUAUGGAACAUGCACUGUACUUGAUGUCCUGAGACUUGUGGACCUCAGGUAUUGUCUGUCAGAUAACAAGGGCGUGAAGCAAGGCUUUCAACCUUUCUAAGCCAAGCACGGACGCUCGAGAGCUGCUGCACAAAGCCAACCCCAGUGCUGUUCUUCCCUGGCAUCUCCUCUCUUGAGAGAUUCCUUCUUGACGCUUCAGAUGCUGAAACCGAUCAAUUGGCAACCGUACCUUUCAAUUAAAGACCUUUAGCAUGGAUUAACUCUG